GAAACCUCCAGCAGAACUUCAAUGGAAGAGUAGGAAUGUGGGAGUUCUUGUUCAGCUGUAUGUAACCCAGUCUGCUGCUGCUGGUGUGCCUGCUCACUUUCACAGUACUAUUAAUCAUUACAAUGUUUACAAUAGUUUGCAAAUGUUGCUGAAACAUUUUACAAUAUCAAGAGUGAGAGUACACACAGGCGCACAGGUAUGUUUGCUGAGACGAAGCAGCAGCAACACUGGCCUCUUUCAUCUUCUACCUGCUUUUCAUCCACUUUUCCUUUACUCCGUCUGAUCUUUCACACUCUUCUCCUUACUUUAUGCUUUCUUUUCCAUUCAGCCGUCAUCUCUCCGUAAGAAGAGGUCAUUAAAAGAACUAAAAUGCUUGUCAUUAAUCAUAUUCAGUCAUUUGCAGAAUUAUACCUUGAACUAGUUCACAUAUAUAUUUAGAUGAGCCAUUUCCAACAGUAACCUAAGAGAUACUUGUAGGCGGAAGAAGGAAGACAGCAAAGAUGGGAGGACCAACUUGAUCAAUCAUAAACAGUUAGCACAGAGUGCACACUUGUUUUACAAGGAACAAAGGUCACUCGUACGCUGACUGCGUGAGAGUAACACAGGACUAAAGGUUCACCUUAGUGCGUGUAGAAGAACAGUGUGGUGUGAUGGAGAGGUGCUGGCAGCCUCUCCUCCUGCUGUGGCUCACUGCAGGGCUAGUGAAAAAUAAUGAGACAGUGAAUUGUUCCUGUUCCACCCAUCAGCUGACAGCAAACUUCACCAACAAACAUCUUCAAGUCAUCCCUGAAAACUCUGAAAAUGUAAAUGUUACCAAACUGAUGAUUGAAGGGAACCUAAUUACUCUGAAUAACACGGACCAGCAAGCACUAGCUAGCUAUCCCAGCCUGGUAGAGCUUCACUUGGAUGCUAACUGGAUCACUGCUAUUCCAGCCAAAUACUUCUCUGUGGUACCAAACCUCAGAGUGCUGUCUCUCGCCAGAAACAACAUCAGCAGGUCAGUAGGCUAGCAAAGUCUAACUUCUAGCUAAAUGCUAGUUAGCUGCUUUAAGUAUACUGUGUGUUAAACACCAACCAUUAAACUGGUUUGAUUUUGAUAUUGGUGCAUACUUGUUAAAACUUACUACUGUUGCAUGUUAGCAAUAUAUCUAAGUACAGUGUGGUAUGUAAUCAAGUGUAAUAUAAUUCUGCUGUGCUGUUUUUUGUAGCCUUGACCCUCAGGCUUUCAGUGACCUGGAGGUCCUGACAGAGUUGGACCUGACCCACAACUUGCUAACAAGCCUCCCUGCACAGCUGAUCAGUGGGCUGAACAAGUUACAGGUAAAACAAGCAUUUCAAAAAGAAUCUGCUAACUUAGAGUUUGGUUAGAACUAAUCUAGACAUGACAUACAUAAAGAAAUGCAUGCAUGUGUAUGGGGAUUUACGGCUGCACAUGUAAGCGUUUCCUGUACAGGAUGUGUUAUUAUUUCAUUUACCUCGCUCUGUCUGGUCCCAUCAGGUACUGAACCUACAGGGAAACCCCUGGAAUUGUUCCUGUCCACUGCUGACCAUCAUUGGACAGAUCGAUGCAGCAAAUGUUACCAUGGGAGGACCACAGGUCAUCUGUGCAUCUCCAGCAGAGCAGGCUGGACGAGAGCUUCUUAAUGCUGCAGCACUGUACUCCACAUUAUUACCCAGCGUCACUCCAGACCCUCAGAAACCAAAAACACCGGUCCACCCUCAACAGACGUCGGGCCCAUCAGUUAUUAUGACGACCACACAGUCAACCGGUCAGAACAACAGCACCAGCAAAGACCCGACUCCUGCGCUCGGCAACACGUGGAAAUUCACAGCAUCCGUCGCAAUCUUGGCAGUGGCCACCUCCAUGCUCAUCGUGUGUGCCGUCAAGGGGCCGUCCUGGUACAAGCUCCUCCACAACUACAGGCAUCGGCAGUUACAACAAGAAGUCGAGGAGGGCGACGAGGAUUUUGUGUCAACAGAGUUCUCGGCGACGGGAAGACACCCGACCCAUCAAACAUUCAGCUUUGAACCAAUGAACAGACAGAUAGACGAGGAGCAGGAGGAGCAGGAGUACUUUGAGGAUCCAUAUAUCAGGAGAGAAGAGUGACAUGCACGAUGAUAAGAAAGCAAACCACAAACACAAUACAAUCCAUUCAGUGGCAACCUUGCUGUUUGAUAAACACCGCUGAGUAUUAUCAUUUCACGGGUCACAAAUUCAUUGUGUGAGAGCUGUACUGUUGGUCACUGAAGGAGCUUCUUUGCAACAUCUCACAAAUUCAGGCUCUUAACUCCACGGCCUGCAUUGUUGCCCGGAUACUUCCAUUAGUACACUGUUGUCAGCUGCGAGGAGUCUGCAACAACCCCAACUCCACUUUUUGACCACUAGAAGAACAAUAUUCAAGUACAGAACACUUCCUGUAAUCUGUGUGUGAGCGCCCAGUUAGAUCGACAGCUUUCUCCUUGUUUGCACGGCACUAGAACGAUGAAGUCACAUGGUUUACAAGAGUUUUUACCUCUUCAUGACUCGACAACACCAGCAGCAAUGUGCAGCGUUAUACAAACCUCAAUUUACGGUGGUUUGAAAACAGUUUGCAAGUGUUUCAGGUAAAAAACACUCCACGUGUUUGUUUGCUCACGGAUCUACACGGCAUUUAUUUUUAUUAAGAAAACUCCACUGCUGCUUCAUCUUUACAUAACAAGCAGUCGUUUCCUGUUGUGUUUGUGUUCAAAAGUCUCAUACCUGCACAUAUCUGAUUCUUUUUAAAUGUUUUAUGACUCACAUGAAAACUAGCCAUCAGGCUAAAUGAAAUAAUGUCCUAGUACUUCAUUCUGAAAAUGAUACUUCACAAAAUAAAUACGUUAAAGUGUAUUUGUGAACAUAAAACUGUCUAAUGGAGAACA